UCAAAGGGCACGAUAGGAACGCAAGAAAUAGAAAAGGCAUUUGUCCAUCUUGAACAAGCACCAGCGCCGCCGUCGUAGUCAAUGACCCGAUCUAAAGGGAACAGCCCAAUGAUUAUCGCCACUCUUUCUACGUGCUGGAGUGCGGUGACUUUGCUCAAGUGGUGAGAAGAAUGUCCGGCUGUCUUUUGCUCUAGCUGGGCCCGCUGCUUGAACCAGCAUGAGCGAACUGACGCCAGACGAGCUGCGCAAGCGACGCCUGGCAAGGCUAGCUGUGCGCGUGCCGAGCUUGGAAAACGCCAUGGAGACUGAAGAGGAGGACUGCCCUAGCAAGAGUGUUGACGUUGGCGUAGACAGCAUGGAGACAGACGAGCCACUCUCAGAGCCAGUCACCACAGCCACGUUGAAUAAGAGCAGCGAGGACCUGCACGAGUGGCUACCACAGCUGCUAGGGGAAUCGCAACCACUUUGCUCAAGUGUGCUGGCUGCUGAACUCGUGCAGCUGUGUCUAGCAGAGAACGUGCAGAGGGCCCGGCUACAGGCUGAAAGGGUGGACGAGGCUCACAGGCAUGUGCUGGAAUACCUGCUUUCCUGCUACGACCGUGCUGGCCAAAAAGAGAGGACCAACACGCGAAACCAGGCCCGUGCUGCUUGUGGGAGCAGUUAUGACUCGGUUCCCGAACCUCCAUGCCUAUUGUUCAAAGAGGGUACCACGGCGAGAAAGCGCCCUUCAACGUCUGAACAGCAUGCCCCACAGAAGAAGAAUCGUGCACAAGAAACUGCCACAUCAGAUCCACUGGUGUUGCAGGAGGUGCGAACGCAAGUGGUGCGGCUGGCCGUGCUGCUGUUGCGAGGCUUUCUGGCUGGACCUAGUGCCCCCUGGAAACGAAGCCUGCUGCUGGAUCCUCUGCUGGAGCAGCGACUGCCCAGUGGAUUCCUUCAAGACGUGCUCGAAGUAGCUGCUGGUGAUCACGAGGGCAUGCGCCAGGUCUUUGUUCCCCUGGUGCGAGGUGUGGUGGAGCGCAUGCGCAACUGCUCUCUACAAUCGGAGUUGCUCCAUUCCCCUUUGGCUGCUCUGGUGGAGCUGACGCAGUUGCGCUUUCAGGGAGGAUGGCCUGUCUGCCAGCUGAUGGUGGACGACUCCCUGUGGCUGCCCACACCCAUGACGGCCAGUGGAGGCCGCGAGCUGAGUCGGCUCUCACUGCUGGGGCCCUUCCUUGCCCUGUCACCUUUUGCCGAGGACGAGCCCAACCUUGUGCGGGCCUACUACGAGGAUCGGGACCCAGAGCACGUGCAGCUGGCGCACCACACGCUGCAGGGCAAGUUGGAGACGACCAGGGCCCAGCUGCAUGUAGUGAUGCGCUCCCUGGUGCGAUCGUGCCGGGAGGAAGUGCUCACGUGGCUGGGGUCGGUGCUCAAGGCCAACGAGCGGCGCUGCCAGCUCCAAGUGGAGCCCCGCCACGUGGCCUCGGAUGGCUUCAUGCUCAACUUGGCCGCUGUGCUGCAACUACUGGCUCUCCGUGUUCAGCCAGACAAGGUAGAUCCUCAAUACCCAUUUUACCACGGGGCGCGAGUUGACAUCAAAGCAGACACACGGCUUUGCAUGACAACUUCUGAGGCAGAGCAGUUCUCCGAGCAGAUCCGAUUGCAGCCCAAGAAGGAGGCCAACUUCUCGACGGAAUGCCUGUUCCUGGCGAUGCAAGCAUCCCACCUGGGCGUGGUGCCUGUGAUGGCUCGCUACGGUCGCCGACUGCGUGUGCUGCGGGAGCUGCAGCGGCUUGCCCAAGAGAUGGCGGCCAGCCAGCCCCUGUGGGAGAACAGCCCAACAGCCGUCAACAAUCGCCGUCUGCUAGCCAAGUGGCGCACUCAAGCACGGCGCGUGGCCCAGAGCAAGCUGUGUGCAGAUGCUGGACUUCUAGACCCCUUGCUGCUGAGCCGCUGCUUUGGUCUCUACAACCUGGCUGCUGCCGUUUUCGUGGCAGUGCUCCAAUCUGCUCAGCCAGCAGAUGAAUCUUCAUUGCCUAAGCUGUUUGCAGCCUACCCCGAGUGGUACAUCGAGGACAUCGCCGAUUUCCUGCUCUUUGUGAUACAGUAUCGGCCACAGUCGGUGGAGGCGGCAGAGGCAUCCCUGGUGCAGCUGCUGGCCCAACUGCUGUGCUCGGCCAACCAGUUGGGCAAGCCCUACCUGAGCGCCAAGCUGGUCGAGGUGUUGUUCUGUGCCACAGUAGCCGGUGGCAGCUGUGGCCAGCUGGCAGGGCGGCUGCUCGACCUGCCUUGUGCGCAGCAACAGCUGGGACCAGCCCUGAUGCGCUUCUACACAGACGUCGAGAGCACGGGCGCCGCGUCCGAGUUUUAUGACAAGUUCACGAUUCGCUACCACAUUAGUGUGCUGCUCAAGGCACUCUGGGAACGGCCACGGCACAGGGAGGCCAUCCUCCAGGAGGCAUCGCAGGCAGGUCGCCAGUUUGUGCGCUUCGUCAAUAUGUUGAUGAACGACACCACCUUCCUGCUGGACGAGUCACUGGAGAGCCUCAAGCGGCUGCACCAGGCAGCGGCCACCGAUUGGGACAGUUUGCCAGUGAACGAGCAGCAGGGGCGCCGCCGACAGCUGGCCCUGGACGAGCGCCAGUGUCGCUCCUACCUGACCCUGGCCAGGGAAACGGUGGACACACUUCACUACCUCACUGCGCACGUGCCUGAGCCCUUCCUACGACCGGAGCUGGUAGACAGGUUAGCAGCCAUGCUCAACUCCAAUCUAGGACAGCUAUGUGGGCCACGCUGCAAGGACCUAAAGGUGGCACAACCCGAGAAGUACGGCUGGGAACCUCGGCGGCUGCUGGACCAGCUGACGGAUGUGUACUUGCACUUGGACUUCCCAGCCUUCCUGUCAGCCGUAGCACGGGACGAGCGUUCUUAUCGGCCGCAGCUGUUUGCAGAUGCGGCUGCCCGGAUGCGACGAGCCUGUGUCAAGCCGCAACCGCGGCUCGAGCAGUUUGAGCAGCUGGUGUCCCGCAUUGCAGUUGCGGCGGAACAGGCGCGCCGUCAUGCUGACUACGCAGAUGCACCCGAUGAGUUCCGUGACCCUCUCAUGGACACGCUUAUGGAGGAGCCCGUAGUGCUGCCAAGUGGACAUGUGGUGGACAAGGCGACAAUUGUGCGCCACCUGCUCAACUCUAACACUGACCCAUUUAACCGGCAACCCCUCACAGAGGAAAUGCUGCGGCCAGAUGAAGAACUCCGGCAGCGCAUCACCGAGUGGAAGCAGUCCCGAUCUGGCCAGUGAACAACCAAUGCAUCGACUCUGUCAAGCACCAAUGUCAGAGCAUCAGAAGUGCGUCUUCGGUGCAGAUAAUAUAUUUAUUGCACGUGUCGUCGAGGGUCGCCAGCUACAACUGCUUCGGACCAGACUGUUCUGGCUUGCAGAGACAAACGUACCUGAGCCCUGAAAAGUCCUUUUGCCAGCAGUGGCAGCUGCACUCUACAAAAAUGCUCUUUUGCGAAAGGAGGUUCACACAGGCUACGAAGGCAGCCAACAGUCAAAGCAUGUCAUUUUGCAAAUUCUCCAGAAUAUUGUUUUCUGGUCGAUGAUAAAUGUGGCACCAAGUGUCUCUUGAUCUUUUUCG